AUGACAGCUGCUAUAGCCAUGAUAAUGAUUAUGUCAAUAGUUCUAUGCUCGGGGAAGAAGAAAAGUUCGAAAAAACAGAAAGAUUUCAAUUUUGCACAAAAAACACUUAUAUCUAGUGAAACAAAGGAAGAAGUUAAAAAAGAUACGCCCAAAAAUGAACUAAAAGGGAAAGAGAAUUUAUUAGCUUCAAAUGAGAAUUUAAAGAAAAUGCAUGACGAUAUGAAAAGAAAGAAAGCACAUAAUAAUGCACCCUUAAUUCAGUUACAUGGCAUUGGCUCUCAUGUUGAUGGUUCCGCACAACUUGCCGAUCCAGAUGAUAAAGAAGCAUUUUAUCCUCCUGUUAUGGAACCCACACCAUCAAUAAAAAAAAAACGGGAAGAGGAGCUUGAAAAAGAUAAAGAGGAGAAAAUCAGAGAAGGAUUCUACCAGUCACGAUCCGAUGAAGAUGAUACACUUGAACCAAUUAAGAGCUUGAAAGAUGAAGAGACUGAUCCAGAGGAUAAAUCACAUGCGUCGAAAAAAAUAAGAAGAGUGAAAAGCUCAUCACAUCGAGCUGUGAAAGCAAGAAAUUGA